AGCAUCUGGUAACUCAAGUAAAGGUCAUUAUGACCCAUACAGUAAUUUGGCUAAAAGAAGGUACAUUUCCCUCCGUAUUAAACUCGAGGUUGUUGGAGCCUCUAUGAAUGUCAUGUGUCUGAUGAUUCGCAAUAACUACUAUUUCAAAUGAGUUUUCAGCAGUAAUUUCAUAACAUUAACACAACAUUGUGAACAUUAAAUGUCUCCUCACUAAUUUUCAUUACAAUUCUAAAACGGACUAUACGACGAACUGGCUACACUGUACACGUGACUGCAUCGUGUUUUUUUUUUUUAGAUUCUUUAUGGAUUCAAAUGGAACAAACUGACCUUAUAAAUAUUUUUUUUCUGAAAGUGGGGUAUACAUCAUAGUAAAUUAACAAAGCGUAUAAACCGCAUUUUGAAUGUAUGCAAGAGUCACGACUAUACCUGGCGUUAUAUAAUCUGCACAUGAUGCAACAAAUAGCUACGAUAACUGGCUCUCUGAAAUGCCAACUCCUGCCAUCGUCUGUAGAUUAUGAACAGUAAGCGGAAGUGAUUCAAUUGUGGUCCGGCACUAUAAGCAAACCGAUUGCAGCUGAUAAUAUUUGUCUUGUUUAUAUUCCGUACAUGUGUCGUUAAUUUGACCUAAAAUCUGCACACUGACGUUCAGUAAGGGGAGGAUGUUAAUUUACUAGCCAGAAGAAAAACGGAAGUUGGUGACAAGCUGGAAAACAUGUUAUGAAAUGGUUCGAAAUACUACUGCUGUAGGUUCGUUUCCGGUUCAUGUGCGGCACGAGGUAGGUUCGAAUAAGAACAUUACUAGAAUGACUGGGUAAAACGUGACCAGCGUAGUGACUAGUUUGCAUGGAUAAGCGGCUAAGACACAGAAAUACCACAACGUGGCACGUUGUUAUAAUAUGUCUUCAAGUAUAUUCAAAUGAUCUUAAAGCGAACAUGUAAUGAAUAGUUAUUAAAUUAGUUAUGCGCUGUGAAUAGCCACUGUGGUACUUUUAGUCCUAACUAGCUAAAUAUUUAAUAAUGUCCUCUCCCUACCAGCUUAGUUCGUAACUUUAAUUGUUACGGUUUGCUUGUCAGCUUUAUGCAAUUUUGUCUUCAUUUCUUAAAAAUAGGAUAAGUCGUUAUAUGUGUCCAGGAAAUAAUGCUAACGCAUUGUGUAAGAACGCAAGUUUUCUUCUUGAGGAGACCUGAAAUGCCAUCGCCAUUGCCAUGUAGAUUUACGAAUCCCCUCCAAUUUUGGAGAGACUGUGCAAGUUUGCCGUCUGACACUGGCGACACUGAUCACAUUAAGACAUUCAUUGAACUCUGUUCAGACCGCUAUUACAUAAUCCGUGACACACGCAAUUGGGACUCUUUUCGUCGCGGCAUCAACUGUCGUUAUGGACCCUUGGGAAUGGAACUGAGGAAGGGUAUGCUGGAUAAGUGGUGGGCUUCAGUGGUGAUGUCCCGGGCGCAGGUGUUCGGGAUCAGUACUAUGCAUCUGACCAGGAACACGUCUGCAACAGCGGAGAGCACUCUGAAGUUAGUCGAUAGCAAUGCCCUGGACUGUACUGUAAACCAAAAGGGAUUGGCCUGGGACCAGGCUAGAGACACUUUGAAGAGACAACUGCAGGGCAGCCCAACAGUGCGGACUAAUCUGCUGCAAGGUGCUUUGGAGCAAUAUUUGCCUUCCUUGGAGCUGGUGAACAGGAGGUUGCCAUUUGGCCUGGCAGAGACGGGUGUGUGCUACCAGCCAUUGGAGGAGCAGACCAAUGGGCCUGGUUGCCCAGCUGAGUUAACGCAGGCCUCACUGGUCUGGUUCUGUUCCCCUCGCACCUCCUCCCAGUGGCUGGACUACUGGGCACGCCAGCGGCUGCAGUGGUGGCGAAAAUUUGCCUUGGGCCCCUCCAGCUUCAGCUGCAGUGACGUUUCGGACGGGGAAGAGGGCGAGAGAGCGUCUCGCGGAGUCAGGAUACUGUACCACUUCCCUUGGGGUGCAGAGCCACUGGAGACGCUGUGGAAUCUGGGGGAUGCGGAGCUGCUGCAGACCCACAAGGGUAGCCGUGCCAAGCUGCAGUGUAGAGACGGGAGGAAGUCCGUGGUGCCUCACGUCAUCUCUGUGAGCGGGAACGUAGACCGUGGUGUUUUGGCAUACCUGCACAACUCUCUACAGGAGAUUAGGAAAACGGACAGUAAGCAGAGACUGCACAAGAGAAAGGUGCUGAAGCUGCAUCCCAGUUUGGCCCCAGUUAAAGUCGCUUUGGAUAUGGGCCGGGGGCCUACAGUGGAUCUGCGACAGGUUUGUGAGGGUUUACUUCAGGAGUUACUGGAAGGAGGGAUAACAGCAUGGCCUGGUUACCUGGAGACUAUGCCAUCCUCCAUGGAGCAGCUCAACACCAAGUAUGAUGAGAUGGGGGUGUUGUUCACCAUAGCGAUCACCGACGGCACGCUGGAGAGUGGCCUGGUUCUGGUGAGGAGCCGAGACACCACCAUAAAAGAGACCAUGCACAUCUCCAAGGUCAAAGCGUUCCUCGCCAAGUACAUCAGCGCAUCGGAAAAUAUCUGAGCCACGAAGAACUCUGCUUCCUACAGAUACAGAUGCAUUGUGAUAAUGACUUUCACUUGUCUGUUUUUGACAAACUUUUUUUUUUUUUUUCAACUAAAUGUGGAAAUGUAAAUUAUUAACAUUUUUAUUGUGAUUAAAACUUCUUGUGAUAUGGAUGUAUUGGUCUUGACAUGUGCUUUAUUUUGUAUCAUAUUGAAGACUUUUUUUGCUCUAAGAACUAUUAUUUAACUGUUCUUUUUUAAAACUGAUUAACAAAGUUGAAGGGACAGUUCCUUCAGAAAUUGUUUUUCAUUCAUUGUCUAACCUCACAAAAUGUCUUUUGAUCCUGCAAUGACAGCUCUCCUCAACAUAUUUUUCAGAUUUGAUUAUUUUAUCAAAAAAACAGGAAUAUAUUUGAAAAGGAGAUAAAUGGAUUUAAGUGUGUUGGUCUUGAUCUACUGUGGUAGUGACACAGCAUGUGUAACACUCCUUUUUUAUACUUUAGUAUGUUUCUAAUGAAAAUAGAAGGUUAGAGGUUAUUUCAUUUUGGAUAUGGUUAUGACUGCACCUACAGUACUCCAAAUUACUCAUUUUCUCAAACAAUUGAUAUAUUUUUAUUAUCCUGUGUUCUUUAAAUAGUUUUUUAACACAGACCCUUAGCUGACUCUUUCCUGUCUACAGACUUCCCCACAUUUUGGUAAUGAGGCUUUCUGAUGCCUUUCUGAUGGAGUAAUCAAAUCUGAAGAAGUAUGCUGGGGAGACCUGUCAUUAUCAAAAAACAUUUCUCAAGCUAAGAAAAUGAGUCAUAUUUUUUUUACACCAUUUGUCUAUAUUGUCUAUAAAGCCAUCCUUCACAAAUUACUCUUACCUCACUUCACCUUAAGUAAUGAAAGAAAGUGCCUUAUAACACAUCUGGGUAAAAGUGCUUAAAAAUUGUAUGCCCCUCAAACCUUGAAUGUGUUACAUAAAGAAUUGAAAUUUGACACCGUUUUUACUCUUGGUCAUUUUGAGUCUCUGAUUUCAACCUGAGUUACAGUGGAGUGCCAUUGUUUUUGGACUUUUGUUUUUAAUAAUUAUCCUUGUGAACUUUAUUAUUUAUGGUAUGUAUAUAUGUAUUUUACUGUAUUUUAUUACUUUUAUUUUAUUUUUUAUUGUAGGUUGUUUGCCACUGACUUAGGGUGAACUGUCUCCAAGUUGAAAGCUGACAGGAUGAAAAUAAUUUGUGACCUGUAUCACUGUGACUAUGUUCAUAUUAAAUCCUCUCAUGAAUUAUAUCAUA